AUGUCGAGUGAGACCGGUGGGCAAAAGGAUAAUGAUGAUGACGACUGGUCGCAGAUAUCUAGUCAGGUAAUGCGGAAACGAGUUCAGAAUCGUCUCGCUCAGAGGAAACACCGCAAGGGCGUCAAGGCAAAGCUCAAGGAGCUAGAGCGGCUAGCUACACAUGAAAGCUCUUCGGCGUCGACUACGCAGGCUGCGGCUGCAGCAGCGGCUCCUACUCGCGGUUCGUCCUUAUCAGCAAACGACCAUGCGCCGGGGUUGAGUCCGGACAUGCCUGACUUAUCGUCCCUGGAUGUCCCUAUGCCCGGGGGCUUCCCUUUACACGGCUCAUCCGCUGCCAAUUACAUAUACAAUCACCCUCCUUCAAGUUAUCCCGCCGUGAGCGGGGGCGGAAGCCUCAGCCUACCCCCGACCGUACCCGUGCCAUUCGCAAAUACCUUCCCCGUUCCUGAGUGGGCUGGAGAUGGAAGGUUGUCACCUACGAGCAACCUCUUGCCGCAGGGCUAUGAGGACGAGAUGGACAGCCUAGGUAGAUACCUAGAGCAGCACCGUCAUACGAUAGAAAAUCGCGAUUUACAUUCCCACACAAGGUCAUCAACGACAUCAUCAUCUUGGGUCUCGUCCCAUCGGCCGGGCCAAUCUACUGAUUCGAGCUCAAUCCCGGAUCGAAUUAUUAUGCCCAGUGAUUCUGUGUCUGCGCGCGAGAAUGAAAUCAGUGCUGGCGCUUUAUCCACGCGCACAUCUCUUUCCAAGCACGGCAGUAGGAUGUCUUCUGGAAGUCCGCGCCUACUUGAUGUAUAUUCAGACCUCGAACUAAACCAGAGCAAUAGCUCUUCUCAGCUCGCCACGACCAAAGCCAGCAUACCAGGGCGACGGCACCACGACACUUCGUCUACCACUCCGGCCAUUGACGGUCUUAGUAUUACUAGGGAUGAAGUGCCAACAACGCUCAGCUCGCGAAUCGCGUCUGCCAUGAAAGCAAUUCGCGCCCUCGGAUUUUCCGGCAUCGAAGAGCUGACCGCUCAGUUCUACACCGCCGACCUGCAAGAUCGACCUGCGCUUGCAGAUGCUCAACGGAUCUCGCGUCGACGCGGCCUGACGCGCAUACUUGCCAACCUCCGCGAACACGCCCAGGACAACUGGACAGAAUGGGAGGCGCAAGGUUAUCGGGAAGAGAUUUUACGGGCAGCUGAAGACAUUCUCGGCGACGAGUGCCGGCGGUUUUCCGUGGGAGAGGAUGCUCGCGGAAGCAGUAGUAAGAGGGGCAGGAAUAAUAAUAUCACGGAUCUGAAGCAAGAUUUCCAAGACGAGCUGCCGAACUUGUAUGGUCUCCUUGGGGUCCUCAGCUUGUCCUCUCAGCAGUGGGGCGACGAAGAUCACACUCCAGUGAUUGUAAAUGCCAUUAGCUUGCUCCUCCGGGGCGGCUCCGCAGAUAGGCCGAGGUAG